AUGCCUGUUGAUCUAGUCCCAUUAGCUUCGACGUCUCAGAUAGAACGCACCCCUUCUAGAGAGGAUGGUAUACCUGCGGAAUUGGAAGAGGAUCUGAGGGCAUUUGGGUGCAAGCUUAUUCAUGAAGCUGGGAUAUUGCUGAAACAAAAACAAGUUGCUGUAGCUACAGCUCAAAUCCUAUUCCAACGUUUUUGGUAUACAACUUCCAUGAAACAGUUCGGUAUCGGUGAUAUCGGAAUGGGAGCCCUAUACCUGGCAUCCAAACUCGAAGAAUGCCCACUCCGUAUACGCGACCUCAUCAACACCUACGAUCUCCUUCUCCAACGCACCUCCCACACCCUCUCCUCUUCGCCCAAACCCAAAGACCCCUUCAAAUACGCGCCAAUGUCUUACUUCGGCAACACCUUCUACGAUCUCAAAGACGCGCUCGUCGUAGCUGAGAUGCAGAUCCUCAAGCGACUGGGGUUUAACGUCCAUGUGGUCCUGCCAUAUGGCACGCUUAUAAACUAUCUCCGCGUGUUGGGGUUGACGAGUCGGAAGGAUGCUUGUGCGAGGGCGUGGGGGUACCUUAACGAUGCCAUGCAAACGCCAGUUUAUGCGUUAUAUGCGGUCCCAACGAUAGUCAGCGCAGCUAUCCUCCUUGCUUCUCGUCAACUUGAUAUAGCACUGCCUUCUCGCCGCCUCAUUGACGUGUGGAGCGUUUGUGGGUAUGUUAUGCGCUUGUAUCGCGAGCGCGCACCGGAGGAGAGGAUGAGGGUGAUGAGAUUGGUGGGUAAGAAGGAUGUGAGGGGGUGGUUGGAGGAGAAUGCUGUUGUGCAGUCUUGA